UGGGGGACCGGAGCACGAGAGACGCCUGCAUAUCCUAUUCCAGGAGUUGGACGUCAACAAGGAUGGAGCCAUUUGUAUGAAUGACUUGGCAGUGGGACUCAAGCGCCUCGGGGUGCAUCGCACUGAGCUGGAGCUAAGGGAUUUUUGCCUUCCCUGUACUGCUGUACAGACUACUGAGCAGCUCCUCCAGACUGGAACCGUGCCGGCAUGCAUUCACAGCAAUUGGCCGAGAUCUGUAGAUUCAGCUCAAUGAUGUGAUUUCUCCUGUUGGUCCAUGAGGGGUGUAGGCAGUUCCUCUCUGAUACCAGGAUGCUCAAUGGUCUGAAUAAUGAACAUGUUAAUGUCCAGGGCCGUGAUUGGCUGGGACCCUGCUGCAGUGUGUAUGCAGACUUGAAGCAGCCGGCUUCAGGUUUAGUUGCGUUUUCAUCUGCAGAGUGUGGGAAGGGGAGGCUUUAGGUGUGGCGUCUGGUCUGUGCUCCAGCUCCUUUUCAAUUGUUUGUUAUUAUAAGUGAAGGCUGAAGUUUGGGUGUGUGACACUGCCGUAGAUUGGGUCCUUAACUGCCCAGGGCAUUGAGAUGCUGCAGGGAAUCUGGGACUUUAUAACAUGGCAUCUGCCCUGGGCAGUCUGCAAAGACUCGGAUGCCAAUGAGACACCAAAUAGUUGCCAGGGCACAGAGAAGCCAGGCCUACAGUGUCCUUGUGAGCCUGGGAAGGAGGGUCAGGAGCAAGUUAUCCUGAUGGUGGUGGAACCAAGAAAGUUGCUGCUGCAGCAGAAAAUAGUAAAAGCUGGGGACAAAGACCAGGAUGGACAGCUGGACUUUGAAGAGUUUGUGCACUACCUCCGUGAUCACGAGAAGAAGCUCCGACUGGUUUUCAAGAGCUUGGACAAGAAAAAUGAUGGUCGAAUCGAUGCCCAGGAGAUCAUGCAGUCCCUCCGAGACUUGGGGGUGAACAUAUCUGAGCAGCAAGCAGAGAAGAUCCUGAUGAGAAUUAGGACUGGCCGUUGGGGUCCUGUCACUCACAUGGAUAAAAAUGGAACAAUGACAAUUGACUGGAAUGAGUGGAGAGACUAUCACCUUUUGCACCCAGCAGAGAAUAUUCCAGAGAUCAUCCUUUACUGGAAGCACUCAACGAUAUUUGAUGUGGGAGAAAACUUGAUAGUCCCAGAUGAGUUUACUGUAGAAGAGAAACAGACUGGAAUGUGGUGGAGACACUUAGUCGCUGGAGGAGGGGCAGGGGCUGUUUCGCGAACUUGUACAGCUCCUCUAGACAGACUCAAAGUACUAAUGCAGGUCCAUGCUUCCCGCAGCAACAACAUGUCCAUCCUGGGGGGCUUCACCCAAAUGAUUCGGGAAGGGGGUUUUCGCUCCCUCUGGAGAGGAAACGGCAUCAAUGUGAUCAAAAUUGCACCAGAGUCCGCAAUCAAAUUCAUGGCAUAUGAGCAGAUGAAACGUAUUAUUGGCAGCGAUCAGGAGACUCUUGGGAUUCAUGAGAGAUUGGUAGCUGGGUCUCUUGCUGGUGUAAUUGCCCAAAGCAGCAUCUACCCUAUGGAGGUACUGAAAACUCGUAUGGCCCUACGCAAGACAGGCCAGUAUCAAGGCAUGCUUGACUGCGGCAAAAAAAUGCUACUGAAAGAGGGGUUGUCGGCAUUCUAUAAGGGAUAUGUCCCAAAUAUGUUGGGGAUCAUCCCCUAUGCUGGCAUUGACUUGGCAGUAUAUGAGACCUUAAAGAAUGCAUGGCUGCAGCGGUAUGCCACAAGCAGUGCUGAUCCUGGAGUGUUUGUCUUGCUAGCCUGCGGGACCAUAUCUAGCACAUGUGGCCAACUUGCCAGCUACCCGCUAGCUCUCGUCAGGACACGCAUGCAGGCAGAAGCUUCUGUUGAAGGUGGCCCCCAGAUGACCAUGAGCAAACUGUUCAAGCACAUUGUGAAAACCGAGGGAGCAUUUGGACUAUACAGGGGACUGGCACCCAAUUUCAUGAAGGUGAUCCCUGCUGUCAGCAUCAGUUACGUGGUCUACGAAAAUCUGAAGCUCACUCUGGGAGUACAGUCACGGUGAUGUGCGAACGUGGAAAACUGUUAAUGGACAUUAGACUGCUUUCUUGGGCUGUAACUCCCUGGAUGUGAAAGGUCUCGUCUUCAUUCUGUGAAUGCGUUUAACACUAAGCGACUGAGUAAAGCUGUGAUAAUCCCCAGAGACACAGGGACGCGAGGCUGCUUCAGAGCACUAGUAGCUCCUGGCACAACGCUCUCAUUCCACCCCCUGCUUGGGGGGGGCUGUAGCAUCUUCCACGCUGGAGCUUUGUUUACAUUUUGACUGUUUUGGUCCAUAUUUUAAGUUUGUCAUCUUUAACAAAUCCUCGUUCAAACCUCCCACUUUUUUUUUUAAUAUACAUAUAUAUUUGUAUAUAGUCUUUUUUUUGAAGGCUCCUUGUUUGCCCUCUGUGUAUGUAUGCGAUGAGAGUCUGAUGCUGAGAAUGCAGCGUAUUUGCUUCUUCUGUAGACUUGUGAUUUGCUGCAAUGUGACCCAUGUGUGCCCGUCUAUAUAUGAAUGCGCAGUACCACCUAACUCGGCCCAUUUGCUGCUUGGAAUGUUGCCUUUUUGACAUGGCACUUGGGCGACUCUUCCCAGCAAGUAUGCCCAAGACUGACACAUUUCUCACAUUCCUCCUUUAUGUCAGUGUUUUUACUGCCUAGCCCUGUAUAUUUAUUACAUAUUUAUUUAAGAAGAAGAAGAAUUAUCUAACAUUGAGCUAUUUUUACAGAAUGUUUAAUUAUUAUUAGAGUAUUGUGGCCUUUUUUUUAUUAUUUCACUAAAUUGUUUUAGGCUUCAAUGCUUUUUGCUGAGGACAAGUGUCAGGACAGACUGUGGAGCAGCGAGCGCUUUGUCUGUCCGUACACCAUGACCGCUGCCCUAAAUCUAAAGUUCUCGCUAUGUGGCAGAAACAAACUUUAACCUUUCUGUUGAAUGUUGGCGGUGGGAGGGGAACAGAAAAUCAGUGGGUCACUGAGAUCACAUUUCACGUCAUUGGGCUGUUCUUUUUUAGUUUCACAAACAGAUUAUUGAUCUGUUCGGACCUCACUAGGAAAUGUUGCACUUUAUGCAGUAGGGAACUUAUCUUUGCAGUUAGAGUGAAUGGUUUUGGUGCUGUACUAAUGCAGCCGGUAGGGCGCCAUUGCAUGAUGCAGCUUUCUUUUCUUUCUUUUUUUUUUUUUUUUAUCUCCCCUUUCUUAGUUUGGCCUGUUUCAUUCAGUUCUGCUGCUCCCAAAACUAUUGAGAAUGAGUCCAUGGAAUAGUUAGCAAGAUUCAAUGCAAAAAAAAAGAAAUCGCUUGCCUGUUAUAAUGCGGAAUCUAUGGAACACAUGCCAUGAGAGCUUGUUGUAGAAUCAGUCAAAUAAAAGUUCUCUAUAUUGUA